AUUCUGUCACUUUCUUCCUUUCGUGACGUUUCCAUUCUCCAUCAACAUAUGCAUAUUGAGGAUCAUCGAAAAACCAAGCAACGAAUUAGAGAGGAAGAUGUGCAGCGUGAUUAUGCCAAUAAACCAUCUUCAUAAUUACUCACACACCAAGUCUUCAAGACUGCGGUGUGUCGACGCUUCUUCCCGACUGCCACGGCCGCCGCCUUGCUCUUUACAACUCACUGAUCGUCACAUGCAAACGGGACGACCAUCUGGUGGAUACCGUCCUGCCAUUUGGGAUUUCCACUACAUCCAAGCUCUAAACUCUGAGUAUAAGGAGGAGAAGCAGCUGGUUAGGGCCGCAGGUAUGAUUGCUCAAGUGAAGAAGAUGUUGCUCCAGGAACAAGUGGUUUGUAUACGACGUUUGGAGCUGAUUGAUGAGCUGCGAAGGUUGGGUAUAUCUUUUCAUUUCCACCACGAAAUCGCUCAAAUCUUCAACUCCAACAACAAGCACACACAUGAAAGGGAUUUGUACUCAACAGCUCUCAGAUUCAGACUCCUCAGACAACACGGUUUUACCGUCUCUCAAGAAGUAUUUGAUUGUUUCAAGAAUGACAAGGGUACUGAUUUCGAGCCAAGCCUCUGUGACGAUACCAAAGGAUUGGUACAACUGUAUGAAGCUUCGUUCCUGUCAGUACAUGGCGAAGAGACACUGGAUCUCGCAAGAGAAUUUGCAACUAAAUUUCUGCAGAAAAGAAUAGUAGUUGAUGAUGAGGUUGAACGUGCGUUGGAGUGGCCUACCCAUUGGAGGGUUCAAAUGCCAAACGCAACAUCCUUCAUUGAUGCUUAUAAGAGGAGAGCCGAUAUGAAUCCAAUUGUGCUAGGCCUAGCCAAAUUGGACAUAAAUAUUGUUCAGGCACAGUUUCAACAAGAACUCAAAGAGACCUCUAGGUGGUGGGAGAGAUUGGGGCUUGUGAAGGAACUUCCUUUUGUGAGGGAUAGAAUAGUGGAGUGCUACUACUGGACGACUGGAGUCCUUGAGCAUCGUCAACAUGGUUAUGAGAGGAUAAUGCUCACCAAAAUAAAUGCUCUUAUUACAACUAUAGACGACGUCUUUGAUAUUUAUGCUACCUUUCAAGAACUGCAACUAUUCACAACUGUUAUUCGAAGAUGGGAUCUUGAAUCAAUGAAGCAACUUCCCCGUUACAUGCAAAUAUGUUAUCUUGCACUCUACAACUUUGUUAAUGAGAUGGCUUACGAUACUCUCAAGGACAAAGGUUUCAACUCCAUCCCAUUUCUACGAAAAGAGUGGGUUGAUUUGAUUGAGGCAUAUCUGAUAGAGGCAAAGUGGUACUACAAGGGACAUAAACCUAGCUUAGAAGAAUAUCUCAACAAUGCUUGGAUAUCAAUCGGAGGAAUCCCCAUUUUGUCACACCUCUUUUUCCGGCUAACUGAUUCGAUAGAGGAGGAGGCUGUUGAGAGCAUGCAUACAUACCAUGAUAUUGUUCGCGCAUCAUGUACGAUUCUGAGGCUUGCUAAUGAUCUGGGAACAUCACUGGAUGAGGUGGAGAGAGGCGAUGUGCCUAAAUCAGUUGAGUGUUACAUGAAUGAGGAGAAUGCUUCAGAACGAGAGGCACGAGAGCAUUUGAGAUCACUCAUAGAGCAGAUAUGGAAAACGAUGAAUAAGGAGAUGAUGAUGGCACCCGAUUCUCCAUUUUCCAAAUAUUUUCUGGAAACUGCUGCUAAUCUUGCAAGAAUGGCACAGUUUAUAUAUCAACAUGAAUCUGAUGGCUUCGGUAUGCAACAUUCAGUGAUAAACAAAAUGCUCAGAGGCUUAUUGUUCGACCGUUUUGACUAGGCAUCUGAAACAUCAAUUUUUAUUUUUAUUUUUCUAAAGUUUGCCCGCAGUGUCCUUAUUUUUAAUUUAAAAUAAGAUUAACAAUUGUUCUCUAUUUUUCUCAUGUGAUAAUUUCAAAUAUAUUACUACCAAUUAAACUA